AUAACAAAAUAGCGCCGUCGAACUAAAAAAAUCUCUAAAAUCUUUAUUCAAAGCGCAACAAAUUUGUGUUCGUUAGCUGUUGUAGCGAAAUGGGAAAAACCAGUAAGGAUAAACGUGAUAUCUAUUACCGGCUAGCGAAAGAGGAAGGAUGGCGGGCACGCAGUGCCUUCAAACUUAUCCAUAUCGAUGAAGUAUUCAACAUUUUCGAAGGUGUAACGAGAGCAGUCGAUCUUUGUGCGGCUCCGGGUAGCUGGAGCCAGGUCUUGUCUAAGAAACUUUACGAGAACCGAGAUAAGGAUGCUGAUGAUGUAAAAAUUAUUGCUGUUGAUUUGCAAGCCAUGGCCCCUCUUCCGGGCGUAACACAACUUCAAGGAGACAUCACUAAAAUUACCACCGCUAAUGCUAUAAUCGAGCAGUUUGGAAACGGCCAGAAAGCUCAACUCGUAAUCUGCGACGGGGCACCCGAUGUAACAGGGUUGCACGACAUAGAUGAGUACAUUCAGUCUCAGCUUCUGCUAGCGGCACUCAACAUAACAACCCAUGUUCUGGCACUUGGUGGCACAUUCGUAGCUAAGAUCUUUCGCGGAAAAGACACCACACUGCUGUAUUCGCAACUGAGAAUCUUUUUCGAGAAAGUUUCCAUUGCUAAACCAGCCAGUUCACGAAACUCUAGCAUUGAGGCCUUUGUGGUUUGCCAGAACUAUAAACCACCGGAAGGCUAUAUUCCGCAGAUGAUCAACCCAAUGCUAGACGACGUGCAAAAGAUCGCCACCGAAACUGAGUCGGAAGUAAAUCGAUCAAUCAUUCCCUUCAUCGUUUGCGGUGAUUUGCGUGGGUUUGAUUCAGAUAUGUCUUAUAGUUUGAAUCUGGAUCCCGAAAAAGACUACGAAUAUCGAGAUGUGGUUCAGAAGCCGUUGGCUCCGGCUUACAGCGAAGUUCUCGAACGCAUGAAAACGACUUCGUUGAAACAUGGCAGUAUCAAAGUUGAAUAUGACAAAAAGAAAGAUUAGAUUUUUUCGCUUUGACUGGAGAAAGCAUUCGAACGUUGAAGUGAUCCGUACUUAAUCAGUAUACGUUGUAAACUGUACUGUAGAAAAAGUCAGACGUAAUGAAAGUGAACAAUUUAGCUGGCUGACAUCAAAAGAAAGGAUCGUUUUUAUGUUUUUAUCCGCUUGAUCUAGAACACUUACAUUUAAAGUUUAAAGUAAAGUUUCGAAAAUAUACAAUAUAAUUCCGCGCGGA